AUGAGGGAAGUGAAUGAAGACAAACAGCAUCAGUUUCAAAAAACACAUUAUUUCACAAAUGAAGAUGGAAAUGCAGUCGUUUCAAAGACUGAAGAGAAUUUCACACAGAAACAAGCUGGAAAAUCUGGAGUCAAAGGAUCUUUAACCUGUUCUGAGUGUGGAAAGAGUUUCGUAUCUAAAUCAACCCUGAACAAACACAUGAAGAUUCACACUGGAGAAAGGCCUUAUACAUGCACUCAGUGUGGAAAGAGUUUCAUAGUUAAAACAAACCUUAACCAACACAUGAAAAUUCACACUGGAGAGAAAUCAUUCACAUGCUCUCAGUGUGGAAAGAUUUUCAGUCAAAAAGGACACCUUAAGACACACAUGAUGAUUCACACUGGAGAGAAACCAUUCACAUGCUCUCAGUGUGGAAAGAGUUUCACUCAGAAAGGCUCUCUCAAAUAUCAUCUGCACCUUCACUCUGGAUUGAGAUCAUUCAGCUGUGAUCAGUGUGAUAAAACAUUUGUUUUUGAAUCCGGCUUAAGAGCACACCUUAAUGUUCAUUCUGCUGCGAAAACUCACUUUUGUUAUGUUUGUGGAAAGAGUUUUUCACAUCUUGGAUCUUUAAAAGCGCAUGAGCGUAUUCAUACUGGUGUGAGACCUUAUAUGUGCUUUGACUGUGGAAAGACCUGCACUUCAUCCAGCAACUUAAAAUCACACCAGAGAGUUCAUACUGGAGAGAAACUGUACAAGUGCUCUUCAUGUGAGAAGAGUUUCAGCCAUUCAUCUACUCAACUGAAACAUAAGAAAAAGCAUUGCCUGAAGGUGUCCAAGUGAGCAAAGUUCACUUCCAUAACUUGUAAAUAAGCAAAAGAUGGAAUUACAUUUAAUACAGUAAUUGAAUCUAAAAUUAGUAUUGAAGUUUGAUAAGGGGAACAG